CCCUCUACCCGUGUCUUCCCCUUGCGAACUUGCGAAGGCAGCUAAACUUCUCAAAUUUCAUGGCGUUCGUAUGGAGUAAUUAGGCUCGGAACUUUGGAUUCAAGUAUGGAGACGGAGCUACAAGAUUUUGAAUCCAAGAAUCAGCCAGUGGUCGAACCAGCUGAAGAGCCUCACGACGAGGGCUCCGGCAAGGACGAGCGGUCUUUGCUGAAAUCCGAUUCCAAAUUGAGUUACUCCCCUCUCGUUCCUGAGGAUUUGCAGGAACUCGAGAAGAAAUUCGCUGCUUUUGUGAGAAGAGAUGUUUACGGGACGAUGGGAAGAGGGGAACUGCUUCUGUCGGACAAACUUCUUCUCGGAUUCGCACUUGUCACGCUCGUUCCGAUCCGUUUGGUUGUGGGCAUGGUGAUAUUGAUACUCUAUUACUUUAUAUGCCGCUUUUGUACACUUUUUGCUGUCCCUUAUCGAGAUGACGGACAGGAAGAUUAUGCUCACCUGAGUGGGUGGAGAAGGGUUGUAAUUGUUCAGUCUGGGAGGUUCCUCUCUAGGGCAAUGCUCUUCACGCUUGGUUUUUAUUGGAUUAGCGAGUCUUUUCGAAAUCCUGAUGCCGUGGAAAAAUUUGCUGGGGAGAACCAGAGCAACGAGCAGUCUGGAGAACCUAAACAACCCGCGGCAAUCAUAUCAAACCACGUAUCUUAUUUGGAUAUUUUGUAUCAUAUGUCUUCUUCCUUUCCGAGCUUCGUUGCUAAGAGAUCUGUGGCUAAACUUCCUCUAAUUGGUCUCAUCAGCAAGUGCCUUGGUUGUGUCUAUGUCCAGCGGGAAUCAAAAGCAUCUAAUUUUAAGGGUGUUUCAGGUAUUGUCACAGAAAGAGUCAAGGAAGCCAAUCAGAACAAAUUUGCUCCCAUGAUAAUGCUUUUUCCAGAGGGCACAACUACAAAUGGAGACUUCCUCCUUCCAUUCAAGACAGGUGCAUUCUUGUCGAAAUCCCCUGUACUUCCGGUGAUCCUAAGAUAUCCUUACAGGAGAUUUAGUCCAGCCUGGGAUUCCAUAUCUGGGGUACGCCAUGUGAUUUUGCUUCUUUGUCAAUUUGUGAAUCACAUUGAGGUGACAAGGUUACCUGUUUACUGCCCCUCGGAGCAAGAAAAGGAGGAUCCUAAACUUUAUGCUAAUAAUGUCCGAAAGUUAAUGGCUAAUGAGGGUAACUUAAUACUGUCAGAUAUUGGCUUGGCUGAGAAGCGUGUCUAUCAUGCUGCGCUCAAUGGUAAUAAUAGCCUACCUAGCGUUUUACAUCAAAAAGAAGAUUGAAAAAAAUAUAUGGCCUCGCUCCCACAUCUUUCCUAGUCACAGUUGGGUUGCUUGGUUUCUUUAGGUAUAUUUUUCCAUGGUUGCACAGAAAGGGUUGGUUUUCUCCACACCCAUCUAGUCAAACAUCAGUGUUUCAUUAUUGUGGUGUAAUUUCAUAUUAAACAUCUGUGCUGAGAGUUUGAAUUUGGAUUUUGCUCCAUC